GGGUGGGUUGGUUUUGCCAAAAGGAGCAUCCGUGUAAGAUUUGAGGAGGUUAAGAAAGAGUUAAUUCGAUAGAAACAGGUGGCCAACAAUCAUAGAAAACUCCAAAAUUCAGAGACUACAUCCAUCCAUCCAUCCAUCCUUCCACUCUAAUUUAAAAAUGACCUCCUACUCCUUCUCCUCCUCCUCUUCCUCAUCUCUUCCAUCAUCCCACUUCCCACAGUCAACCGAAUAGUUUAUUGGCGGUUUUAGGUCAGAUCUACUUCACACGAAACCUCUACAUCUACCUACAUAUUUCUCUGUUGUUCAUAUAUGCGUUAGAUAACGAUGUUCUCACUCGGUGGCGGUGGCGAACAGCCAUGGAAGGCACACACAUCAAUGACGUUUGUGCAGCUCUUCAAUGGAGGAUAUCAUGUCAUCACUACCGUUGCUCUUAACGGCGGAGUCAACGAGAUUGUUUUCUGUCUCUACCGUGAUAUCCUUGCCCUAACCAUUCUCGCUCCCAUUGCCUACUUCCGUGAAAAGAGAACCAGACCAGCUAUGACUAGACACUUUCUCUUCACUUUCUUUCUUCUUGGAUUGACUGGGAUAUUUGGGAACCAGCUUUUGUUUCUUCUUGGUCUUGGCUACACAAAUCCAACAUAUGCUGCAGCCUUACAACCUGCGAUUCCUGUCUUCACGUUUAUACUUGCUGCAAUGAUGGGUGUAGAAACAUUAAAUGUGCUAAAGAUUGAAGGUCAGGCAAAGGUUGGUGGUACAGUUGUUUGUGUUUCUGGUGCCAUUUUAAUGGUUCUUUUCCGUGGACCUUCCGUACUGGGGUAUGCACAUCAUGUACAAACACCACACCAAGAAACGAUGGCACCCGAACUUCCUGGAUUGAUGUUUUCCAGUCUUGCAUCCUUUGGGAUUGACACCUGGCAUCUUGGUGUCCUUUGCUUAAUAGGAAACUGUAUUUGCAUGGCUGCCUUUUUAGCUAUUCAGGCUCCACUGCUGGCCAAGUAUCCUGCAAACCUAUCCGUUACAGCAUAUUCCUACUUUUUUGGUACUGUUUUUAUGGUUGUAACAGCUGUCGCCAUGAGCAAUGAAUCAGUUAACUGGACUUUGACAUGGUCUGAGAUUUGGGCAGUGGUUUAUGCUGGAAUUGUGACAUCGGCAUUGUGCUAUGGACUUAUAACAUGGUCCAACAAGAUCCUGGGACCUGCUUUGGUUGCUCUUUACAAUCCACUUCAACCUGCUGCAACUGCUUUUUUGUCCAGAAUCUUCCUUGGAAGCCCGAUUUAUUUAGGAAGCGUUUUAGGAGGAUUGUUGAUCAUAGCAGGGUUAUAUCUGGUGACUUGGGCAACGUAUCGGGAAAAACAACAGGCAGCAGCUUUAGGUGUCUACCGUUCUCGAUCAACAGAGUCACUGAUAAGUCAGGAUUUCUCUGGGCCUUCACCAUCACUAGCCAAAAACAUUGAUUAAUCAAGUGUUUUUGUUUUCUUCAUGUUAAAAAUCAUUGUGACAGAAGUUUCUCCCCAGCUGGGCUUGUUAUGCAUGAUUUUUAAGAUUAAAUCAAGAAGAUAAUAAAUGAUGAUAAUUCAAUA